GUUUACAUGAGCCUCAAUCAUAUCGAGAGGCUUUUGCUAACCCUCUUUGGCAACAAGCUAUGCAAGAUGAAUUACAGGUUCUUGAGAACACUUGUACAUGGGAUUUAGUUGAUCUUCUUGCUGAAAAGUCUCUAAUAGGCUGUAAAUGGGUGUAUAAGAUCAAAACACAAUCUGAUGGUUUUGUGGAGCAUUAUAAGGCACGCUUGGUUGCCAAGGGUUUUACACAGGAGUAUGGAAUAAACUAUGAGGAAACAUUUGCUCUCGUUGCUCGUCUCACAUCUGCGCGCAGUUUGCUUGCUAUUGCUGUUAUACGAGGAUUGAAAUUGUUUCAGAUGGAUGUGAAAAAUGCCUUUCUUAAUGGUGAUCUAGAAGAAGAAGUUUAUAUGAAACCACCUCUUGGACUCAACCAUCCUCCAACACAAGCUCUGUUCAUUCAUAAGACUACUCGGGGUAUGGUUCUUUUACUUCUUUAUGUUGACGACAUGAUUAUUAUUGGAGAUGAUAAUGCAGGUGUUGAGCAGUUAAAACAAUCUCUCAGUAAGAAAUUUAAGAUGAAAGAUCUUGGUGUUCUGAGUUAUUUUUUGGGACUUGAAGUCACCUCUUCAGAUGAUGGCUACCUGCUUUCUCAAGCAAAGUAUGCCUUCAAUCUUGUCUCUAAAGUUGAACUUAAUGACAGCAAGAGUGUUUCUACACCUCUUGAACCUAAUGUCAAGCUUACUCCUAUGGAUGGCUCUCCACUUUCCAAUCCUACUAGCUAUCAGCAAUUGGUUGGUAGUCCGGUUUAUCUUACCAUGACACGCCCUGACAUAGCAUAUGCAGUUCACAUUAUUAGUCAAUUUAUGGCUACUCCUCAUUCCACUCAUUAUGCAAUAGUACUUCGCAUUAUUCGCUAUGUUAAGGAAACAUUGUUUCAUGGACUCCAUUUUUCUACUACCUCCUCCCUUGUGCUUCAUGCUUAUUUUGAUGCUGAUUGGGCUGAUGAUCCUUCUGAUCGUAGAUUUACCAUUGGUUACUGUCUUUUCCUUGGCAAUUCUCUUAUCUCUUGGCAGAGUAAGAAACAAACUAUUCCAUCCCAUUCUAAUACUGAAGCUGAGUAUAGAGCUCUUGGCGAUACCACAUCAGAACUUCUUUCAUUACGAUGGCUUCUUGAAGAUAUGGGCAUUCCUCAGCCUUCUUCUAUUGAUUUAUAUUGUGAUAAUCAAAGUGUUAUACAAAUUGCUCACAAUGAUGUCUUUCAUGAAUGUAGAAAGCAUAUUGAGGUUGAUUAUCACUUUAUUCAUCAUCAUGUUGCAAAAGGGACUGUUUGUUUGAUUUUCAUUAGUUCUACUAAUCAACUUGCUGAUUUGCUUACCAAGGCUCCCUUCCCUGGACGCUUCCAAACUCUUCUUUCCAAACUCAAGUUGGUUCAAUCACAACCACCUUGAGUUUGAGGGGGGAUGUUAAGAUGUGAAUGCACUUAUUGUAAAUAUUUUAGUCUUUAGAAUAUUCUAUUUGUAAACACCUAUAUAUAGAUUAUUGUACGUAUAAUAUUAUUUAAGAAAGCGAUAAACCUUUC